UUCGGGGCGUGUCGUUUUCAAGAAUAAAACCUGACGGCUCAAGCUGAAAUUUGUCUGCGAGGCUUCUGAACACAGCUGACACUAUGGCUCUUUCCACGGCAAACACCAGUUUCGCCCUGAAUCUUUUUAAAUCCCUGGGUGACAACGAUCGCUGCACCAAUGUCUUCUUCUCUCCUCUGAGCAUCUCUUCAGCUCUGGCUAUGGUCCUCCUUGGAGCUCGAGGCAACACGGCCACACAGAUGUCAGAGGUCCUCUCCUUCAAAAAGGCAGAGAAGCCGCCGCAGGCUCAACCAAUGCCCAUGCAGAUGCAGAUGCAGAUGACCCAACAGCACCAACAUUUACUGCCACCACAUCUGAGAAAGGGGUGCCUCAAAACUAAGGAGCUCUCAGAUGACGUGCACUCCAGUUUUAGCACUCUUCUGCAGGAGUUUCACAAACCCGACGCGCCCUAUGCCCUCAGUGUCGCCAACAGACUGUAUGGAGAGGAGACAUACCAGUUUGUUGAGAAUUUUCUGGAAGAAACCAGAAAGUACUACAAUGCAGAGCUGCAGACUGUGGAUUUUCAGAGUAAAUCUGAGGAGGCUAGAGUCACCAUUAACACCUGGGUGGAGCAGCAGACACAAGGUAAAAUUAAGGAUGUGCUAGCCAAAGGUGUGGUGGAUAGUUUGACAAAACUCGUGCUCGUCAACGCCAUUUACUUCAAAGGAAACUGGAACAAACAGUUUAGCGAGAGCUCUACUCGUGACUCUCAGUUCAGGAUAAACAUGAAUGAAACAAAACCAGUGAAGAUGAUGCACCAAAAGUCAAAGUUCCCCCUCACGUUCAUCGGUGAGAUCAACUGUCAGAUUAUUGAGUUGCCUUAUGAAGAAAAGGUGCUCAGCAUGCUCAUCUUUUUGCCCAGCAGCAUUGAGGAUGGUCUGGAGAAGCUUGAGCAGCAGCUGACCUAUGAGAACUUUGUGGAGUGGACCCGUCCUGACAUGAUGGAUGAGGUGGAGGUGCAGUUGGGACUCCCUCGAUUCAAGAUGGAAGAGACAUAUGACCUGAAAAACGUCCUGACCAGUAUGGGCAUGGUGGACGCAUUUGACAUGGGCAGAAGUAAUUUCUCUGGUAUGUCUCCAGGCAAUGACCUGUUUCUGUCUAAGGUGGUCCACAAAGCGUUUGUGGAGGUGAAUGAGGAGGGCACUGAGGCUGCUGCUGCCACUGCUGCCAUCAUGAUGCUGCGCUGUGCCCCUAUGUCCCCCCGAUUCAUCGCAGACCAUCCCUUCAUGUUCUUCAUCAGACACAAUACCACCAAAACCAUCCUGUUUGCUGGAAGAUACUGUUCUCCUGAGUAACCUGUUGGUAAUCACAAAAAACAAAGAAAGGGAAGCUAGUUUAUUAUCUGUAACUGUGCAACAGUGCUACUGCUUUAGACUAUAUGUCACCAGCCUGCAGCAAGUAUUUUCACCAAAAUGCCUUUUAACACCUAAAAUAGUUUCAUAUUCUUGUGACUUUUGUCGUAGCUUUUAGGUUACCACAAGAUGGCUGCCUUACGAUGCUAGACAAACCACAAAUUUUCACAUAUGCAACAACAAAAUAUCAAUUAAGAGAAAAUAAACAUGUAUUUGAAACCAGUUGAACACAAGGAGAAAAAGAUGGCAAGAGCCAUUCUUUUUUAUGUCUUUAAAAUAUAAAAAUGUACUUCAAAUGAAAUGUUAAAAAGUACUGUUCUUGUCUCUAAACUGUUUACACAGUUUACCUGAAUGUAUCACUGAAAUGUUGAAGGUGUUUGCAUUGUAAGAUCUAAUGCUGAAUCUUAUCUGUUAGCUCAAAUGUAUGGCUCCACUGACUAUCCUUCACACCUUUACUAAACAACAGCCCUCUUUAUCUUAUAGGUUUCACCCUCUCAAAGUAUUCACCUAUAAUGCCUUGUAAUGUAUAUUAUCAUGUGCACUUUACUUGUAUGCAUACUGACACACGUUUGUUCACUUAUAGAGGAUUUUAAGUGUGAAAUGUGCAAUAAUAUUAAAGAACUGCACUGCCUGGCAUCUA